AUGGCAGGUCCGACCUCGCCGGGCACCGAAGGCCCCACGUUUGCCCCGCCCCAUCUCCCUGCUGGCUGGAUCGCCCAGUGGGAUGGCUCAAGCAAGAAGUAUUACUUCGUGCAGCUUUCCACCGGUGUCUCGCAAUGGGAGGUUCCGACCGACGCCGCUCCCACAGGCGCAACUCCUGCCCAACCCUCUGAUCAUCCUUACGGCGUUCCUCAACCCGAACUCAUCACCCAUCCCGACGGUAGCCAGACCGUGCGACACGCCGAUGGCACCCUGGAGCCCGUCAACCCUCCCAUGCCACCCGACAAUACAAACACGAGAGGUCUUGAUGGUCCGACGGGCGACCGUGGCCUAGGUAGCAACGAUUACGGAUACUCCAACAGCGCUUCUGGCGGCGGCGGUUACUCUGGCCAGGCUCCUCCUACCUCUUACCAGCCGUCGGGCUCGACGCAUACCCAGCACUCAUCCCCACCGGCAGGUGCCUCUUCCUACCACUCGCCCGCUUCCAACCAGGGUCACAACCAACAGUCGUAUCCUCCGCCGCCGACUCAAGCCCAGAAUCACAACCAGUCAUUUCCUCCACCGCCUAACCAGUACUCCACGCCGAACCAGGGCCAGACGCAUCACAACACCGCUUAUGGGGCGCCGCCUCAGCAAUCUCAUAACCAGUACCCUCCUCCGCCUUCUGGCGGACCCCCUUCAUCAUAUGGCCAGCAACCCAGUUACGCCGCUCAGUCUAACCAACAACAGCAACAGCAGUACAGCGGAUACAACCCGGCAACCUACGGUGGUGGGACCCCCCAAGGCUCCCAGCCCGGUGGCUACCCCAGCCAACCCUCGUAUGCUGGCAAUUCUUCUCAGCAGGGUGGCUACAACACCCACUACUGA